AGGCGGGACUUCCGCUCCCGGUGACGUCAAAGCAGGAGCGGUGCGGUGGAGCCGGUUGUUUUGUAAGCGGAGAGAAAUGGACUCGGAAAUCAAGGAAGAAGUUCCUGUACAUGAGGAAUUUAUUUUAUGUUGUGGAGUUGAAACCCAGGUUCUGAAAUGUGGGCCCUGGACUAACCUCUUCAGUGAGCCAAGAGCCAAUAGGCCUAAGCUGCUUAUUUUUAUUAUUACAGGUAAUCCAGGUUUUUCUGCCUUUUAUGUACCAUUUGCAAAGGCUUUGUACUCCUCAAUAAACCGACGCUUUCCAGUUUGGGUUAUCAGUCAUGCUGGACAUGUUUUGGUCCCCAAAGGCAAGAAGAUUCUUAUAACCUCAGACGAUUCAAAUGCUCCGGAAAUUAACGACAUCUAUGGACUACAAGGUCAAGUUAAACACAAGCUAGCUUUCCUGAGAACUCAUGUGCCAAAGGAAAUAAAACUUGUGGUCAUUGGCCAUUCAGUAGGCUGCUAUAUUAGCCUUGAGAUUUUGAAGCUUGCUCCUGAACUCCCAAUAAUUCGCUCCUUUCUGCUCUUUCCAACAAUUGAGCGAAUGGCCGAGUCACCGAAUGGCAGGAUCGCCACUCCACUUCUGUGCCAGCUUCGAUAUGCACUCUAUGUUUUUGCCUACCUUCUACUUAAACCAUGGCCUGAGAAAAUCAAGUCCUUUGUGAUCAGAAUUGGCCUUCGAAUGAUGAACCUGCAGAGCGAAUUUUCGGUUCUGAAUGUAUUAGAACCAUUCUGCCUUGCUAAUGUUGCCUACCUUGGGGGCCAAGAAAUGAUGAAGGUGGUGAAGAGAGACAACGAAACCAUAAAGACAUACUUACCUAAGCUUACAUUUUACUAUGGAACUACAGAUGCUUGGUGUCCAACGGAAUACUAUGAAGACAUAAAGAAAGAUUUUCCAGAAGGAGAUUUUCGACUCUGUGAGAAAAAAAUACCUCACGCUUUUAUCCUCCAUUUUCCCCAGGAAAUGGCUGACAUGGUAGCUGACUGGCUAAAGGAUGAUCUGUCUAAAAUAUAAGUACUGACCCGGAAACAUCACUGACAGAUAAUACAUAGCAGCAGUGCUGUGCCUUCCCUUAGUAGCUAGUAGUAUCCUUGGUUGGCAAGUGUUCAUUGUUAUGUUUGAUAUUAGAAGAGAAAAACAAAAAAGAACCUCUUGGCUUACUGUCAGCUCCCAGCUAGCUCCCCAUACUACCGGCCGAAGUAAACACAAUUGAUGAAAUACACCAUAGGUUUAACAGCACAUUUUCCAAGACUCAGGGAACGCAGUGAUCAGUGACCUAAACAAGGCCCCUUCCUUAUGUUUGCGUGAGAUACGCCAGUGGCAACAUGCAGUUGAUAUUAGCAGGAUCCUUGCAGACAAAAGGAAGUCUAAAUUUAGUUGAUUUUAAUCCACUUACCAUGUACAAUAGGCUCUCCUAGAAGAAAUUAUGAAACACCUACUAGAAAAUGUGAAAGAGAUCAGUGAAUGUGAAGUGUAGAGUCAGAUAUGUAAGUGUAUGAGAUCAUGAGGACACACAGUCCAGUAGCAGGAAGUGAUGAGUAGUGGAUCUUGGAAGUGGACCUGGGUCUCCCUUAAAGACAAGCUGAAGAUCAGCCCAGACUAACUUUUUACAGGUCUUGGCUGAGGUCAUCGGAAUCAGGCUGGAUACCAGCAUGGCCUCCGUCACCUCCCCACUCCCCCUCCCUCCCCGUUCCCACCUUGCAGCAUGUCAUGAACCACAAACAGAGCUGACAUCAGCGGGGGAGGCACCACGUGUCUGCAUCUCCAAGAAGUUCCCCCGAGGAGUGAGACUUCCUGAUCUUCCUGCGUUAGACAGAGAAUAAAGUUCACCAGACAUUGCUUUGGCGAAGGAACCCGGUAAGAGUUGUUGAAGAAUCUUGACUGCCUCCUGCCACAAGACAACCAGCAAGCUCUGUGCUGAGCCCUAGCCUGCCAGGUUGUGUGCUCCCUGCAGGCUCCUCUUCUGCAGGGCCAGGAUGUGGAGGCCCCGGGUGUCCCAAAGCCAGCCUGUACCUGUCUCCUGGAGUUGUCUCUGCUGUGAUUUUUCCAAGAAAACUACACUGAGGACCAGCUAUGAGCCAAAUACUACGCUAGGCUUCAAGGACCAAGUUCUUAGCUAUGUCAUGAUUUUUUCUUCUGAAAAUCUUCCAGUAAUUUUUGAGAGGGCAUCUUUCAGUCGCUGAAUAGAGAAUUACCAUAAAUGAGUUCUACAUUUCUGCCUUGGCUUUGUUAGUUGGAAAGAAAUUGUUUGACUACUGAACCAAAACAAGCCAUAAUGAAUUAUGUGACUUCACCUUCUCUGGAUGCCUUGAGGUCCGGUAGAGAAGCUUGUUCUCCAGCCUAGAGUAGGCUCACAAUAUUUCUGCCUUCCCUAAAAUGACUCAAUCCUGGGACCCUAGGGGCCAGUAAUUCCCACUGACAGCAGUGCUAGUUGACAGUUGAUCAGAAACAUUCAGUUUUCUCCUAGAGGAGACCCCUCAUGGUGUUACCAUUCCUUAAGAACAAUAGAAUGUUGUCCUUCCUUUCAAAGCCUAAAGCCCCGAUGAAAGAUCCCGCUCUGAUAUGCUGCCAACCCAGUGGUGAGUGUUGAACGAGUUACUGUCCCUUGGCAUGGCUUCUGCAUCCAAGCAAAUGACUUCUCAGAGGGGAAGAGCCAAGCCCCAGGCCAGGAGUGCUCUUGGCCCUGGAGAGAAGCCAGGAGACACACACUGGCACAGGGCUGUACACAAAAUCCUGAUCAGCCUCUGGGUGGGGAGGCCUUCUGGAAGUCUCAUUUUAGAAGCUUAGGAUUCAUGGCUCUGGAGUGCCUUGUGUAUAGGAGAUGCUCAGUAGUACUGACUUGAAGCAUUCGAGCAAGUGAAUCACACCUACUCAAAAGGAUAACACCACCCCAGCUUUUCUUUCUGCAUUAUUUUAUUUUACUCCGUAUUUCACAAGUCCACAUGUAUGACAUUGUGUCUUAUUUUGGUUUUUCAGAGCUUAAAGAAAUGAUAUAAAGUAAAAGAUACGGGCUUUUUCUGUUUAGCAUCUGAUCACCAAAUGAAUUUGCAAAAUAAAUGUUUUACCAGCACUUAA